AAAACCGCGUGUGCGACUGACUUCAGCGUCGCGUCUUACGCUCUUGCGCUCCCUCUUCGCCUCCACGUCCGUCCGGUCCUCGUCCCGCGAUGCGAUGGCGCAGCUCUUGGAGCUGUGGCGGCGCAUCGCUGCGGAUGAGGUGGAGCACGCAGAGUUCGCCGCCCGAGUGGCCGAGGUCCUUGCGAUACUGGAAGAUCCGGAGUCGGAGCUUCAAGCAGCUGCUCUGGGCUGCUUAGCCGCCAUCAGUGCCAGAGAUCCAGCAGCUUGUGAAGGAGCGCAGCUGCAGGUGGUGCAAGUCCUGCUCCAAUCCUCACCAGCGCUGCUCAGCUCUGGCGCCUUGUGUGUGGAGGCCAUGGCAGUGGAUGCGAGAAGCAGAGAGGUCUUCCGCCGCUGUGGGGCUGUCAAGGCCCUGGUGGCUGCCCUGGCACGGCUGGCGCCUUCUUCGCUACCCGACGGUGCCUUGCCAGCCGUGCUUGCUGCCCUGAAGAGCCUUAGCGUGGAUGAAGCCUGUCAGGCGGAGAUGGCGCAGCUCGGCGCCUUGGAGCUCCUGGUGCAGCGCCUGGAGACGGUGAAGGCUGCAGAGUGUUUGGGCCACUUUGCGUUACAGGAGGUCUACAGGAAUCGGCUCUAUGAUCUUGGAGCCGUCAUCCAGUUGCUGAAGUUCAUCGACUCGGAGCAUCCCUCGCCCAGUGUGGGCGCGGUUGCGGCCUUGUUCAACCUGUGUGCUCACCGCGCUUGCAAGGUGGCAGUGUGCCAGAAGGGAGGCCUUCGUCUCCUCAGCAACUUACUGAGUGCAUCUUCUCCCCUCAAUCAGGUCGCCGCGAUGACCUUUGCCAGCUUGGCAGAAGAGGAGACCUGCGCAGAAGCCAUGGCCGACUGGGCCGAGAGCCAGUGCCUGCCGGCCUUAGUGCAGUGCUUGGCCUCCAGGGAUGAGAUCUUGCUUGAAAAGGCCUCCCAGGCCCUCCUGGCAGUGGCCCAGACGCCCAACGGGCGCCGCGCACUCUGCCAGGAGGAGAACCUCCAACAGCUGCUGGCACCAUUGAGGCCGCGUGCGAAAGGUGCAGAAGGGGCAGCUUGCGCCAGUCUGGCGAAGCGGCUGGCAUUGUCUUUGAUGCAGAGGCUAGCAGAGGAGCCAGCUGGCCGGCGGGCACUGAGGAGAGGAGGUGUUGUGACGUUGUUACGCCCUUGGUUGGAACCAUCGCUGAGCACUGAAGAGGCGGCGCGCCUCGCUUGGAAUUUGUGCGCGGAGGAGGGGUGUGCCCUGGAGCUUUGCCGCACAGGAGGUGUGCGGGUGCUUCUGGCUGCGGCAGAAUCGCAGUGCACUGCGGCCGUCGGCGCUCUACUGCUCCUGUCAUCACAGGAGGAAGCCAUGCGGCAACUCUAUGAGCAAGAUGCAGUGUUGAAGCUGCUGCCGCUUCUCGAAACCCGUGGCGAGCUCGCCAUCUUGAGUGCGAAGCUGGUGACGCGCAUGGCCCUCGAACUGGAGCAAUUUCCGCAGGACGUGUGGCUCCCCGCCGCGGGCGCCCUGGGCGAGCACCUGAGAAGCGGAUCCUGUGCCGGGCAGCUGGCGGAGGAGCUUGGUGCAUGCUGCUGGGUCUUGUGUGGUGACCAGGCACGCUGCGCAGUCUUCGUGGAGCACGAUGGCCUGUGGGCACUUGCCAAGCUGCUUGCGGAAGAAGAGGCGCUGGAACCCGCUGUGGGCUGCCUGCAGUUGCUGUGUCACGGACAUCCCAAGCGGCAGGAUGCCUUCCUGGAGCUGGGUGGCUUGGAGCUGUUGGUGCCGGUCCUGGCACCCAAACAGCCGCUGCGAGUUCGACACCUAGCGGCCAAGGCGGUGUGCGCCCUAUUGGAGGACGAAGAACUUCGGAGGAGGCGCUUGUGCGAUUUGGGGGUCUACGAUGAGUGGGUGGCGAUUCUCUCGACCCUGGGGACCUAAAGCGGCCCUUUCUGUGGGCGUUCUGCGGUCGUGGCCGACCAGUACCAGCCUGUGCCUGCUGGAUCUGUUUCAGGUCGGAAACGCGACGAAAGGAAAAUCAUGCCAGAGGCUCCUGCCAGUUAGGCAGGCACACCCUGCGAGUUAAAUUCCAGACACAACCAGCACC